AUGCCCUAUGAGGAAAAUUCUUUCGAUUCUGUUAUUUGUGUGGAAGGAGAACCACACAUGAAUAGCAGACAAGAUUUUUUUCGAGAAGCUUUUCGAGUUCUAAAGCCAGGCGGAAAGUUAUUCAUGGCUGAUCUUGUGAUUCUUAAGGCUAUACAGGAUUUGAGUUACUUUCAUCAGAUUAUUUGGAAAACCGCAGCGAAGUUAUGGGUGGUUCCUCACAGUAAUAUGUCUUACGGAAUCGAUGAUUACAAACAGAAGUUGAAAGACAUUGGGUUUAAGUUGACAAAGUUUGAAUUCUUAGGUGACAGAGUAUUACCAGGUUAUUGUAAUUUUAAUCUAUCGUUAUCUGUUAUGCGCGAACAAGCAAAGGUAAGAGGUCCGUUUGUCGGUUACGUGGGAGGUCCAAUGAUUGAUAUUAUCCUUAAAAUGGCUUUCUCCAAUAAAAUAAUUGAAUACAUCUUUGUUGUGGCCGAGAAAUAA